AUGUUGGCUAUUGGAAUGCACGUGGAGAUCCAGCGAAGCGAUGGUCGAAUUCACGGUGCGGUAAUUGCGGAAAUCAAAAAUAAUGGUCGAUAUAUGGUGGAAUGGUACGAAAAGGGUGAAACAAAAGGAAAAGAAUCGACGUAUGAAGAACUUGCAAAAUUGAACCCAACAUUGAAGCAAGGUCUGCCGGAACCAGUAAAGCUUCAACCUCGCGUAGCGUCGCAAAGACAACAACCACAACACCCGCCGCAAACGCAGAGACCUUCUCAAGCUCACGAGUUCCACAAUUUCAUGAAUUCUCAUAGAAAUGUUCAAGACGAUGACGAUACGUUUUUGUUAGAUGCGAUGAUGGAAGAUCGAGAGAAACCGCAACCGCCCGUUACCCGUAGGGAACGAAUCGAUCCUCCAGCUGCUACUCGGCCAGCUAAUUCGCGACGAUCGAUGGCUCCAGACAAUGGUAAUAGUCUACCACAACCGCCGCCGCCGAUGGCGCAAAAAACCGCCAAAGUCGCCCCACAAGCUCAAUAUCGAGCGCCAUCACCAGUUACAAAAAAGGAGCCACCUGCUCCUGUUGCCCCAGCUCCGACACCUGCUCCGCAGCAAGUGCAACCUGUUGCCAGAGCGCCGUCGCCGACACCAAUGUCGUAUCCGCAGCAAGAUGUUUCCGCGGGAAACGUCAAUUAUGCGUUUGCUGAAAUGAUUAGAGCUUAUAGGAAUCAGAUUGAUUAUCGUCCAUUGACCAUUAACGAUCCCGUUUCUGAAAAUCGCAUUUCUGUUUGCGUGCGUAAACGACCGCUCAACAAAAAGGAGAUUGCAAAAGGCGAAAUCGAAGUUGUGACAAUUCCGAGCCGCGAUAUUAUUGUUCUUCAUCAACCGCAAGUUCGAGUUGAUCUCACGAAAUACUUGGAAAAUCAAAAAUUUCGCUUUGAUUAUGCUUUUGAUGAGAAUUCAAGCAAUGACCUAGUUUAUAAGUUUACUGCUCAACCACUCGUAAAGACGAUAUUCGAGAAAGGAACAGCAACAUGUUUCGCUUAUGGGCAAACCGGAUCAGGAAAAACGCACACCAUGGGUGGUGAUUUCUCUGGAAAAAAGCAGAAUGCUUCACUGGGAAUAUACGCGCUGACUGCUCGCGAUGUAUUCCGAAUGCUCGAAAUGCCGCAGUACAGGCGUAAGGAUUUAAGUGUUCACUGCGCAUUUUUCGAAAUUUACGGAUCUAAGGUAUUCGAUCUUCUUAACGAUAAGGCAAUGCUUCGUGUUCUUGAAGACAACAAGAACAAAGUGCAAGUCGUUGGAUUGAAGGAAGAGCUCACAACGAAUGAGCAAGAAGUCCUCGACUUGAUCAACAAGGGAUCGCUGGUUCGUACCGCUGGAACCACUUCAGCCAAUGCCAACUCGUCCAGAUCGCACGCCGUAUUCCAGAUUAUUCUUAGGCAAGGGAAAUCGGUUUGGGGAAAAUUUUCGCUCAUCGAUUUGGCGGGAAAUGAGCGCGGCCAUGACACUCGCGAAUGCGAUCGCGAAACUCGACAAGAAGGCGCUGCAAUCAAUACUUCGCUAUUGGCUUUGAAGGAAUGCAUUCGCGCUAUGGCUCGAAAUUCGUCACAUGUUCCAUUCCGUCAGUCGAAGCUUACUCUGGUUCUUCGUGAUAGUUUUAUUGGCGAGAAUGCUCGAACUGUUAUGAUUUCGAUGAUAUCGCCUGGAGUUUCUUCUAGUGAACAUUCGCUGAAUACAUUGAGAUAUGCGGAUAGAGUAAAAGAAAUGGGAACUGAAGGUUCUGGAGAUGCAACUCCGAUUCGAGACGAAGAAAUCUUUUUGCCGCCGCAAAUUGAAAAGUCUGACGACGAGGAUGACGAAGCGUACGAAGCGCACGAGAGGAGUGAGAAGUUGCGAGGAGUAACUGCGCAAGUCCGACAAUCAAGAGAGAUUUUCGACGAAUUGAUUGCUGCCUUGUCGCGUGGCAACGCAACGGAUUCGCGACAAAAACGCGAAGUUUUGACGAAAUUCGACGAACUCGCCAAAUCGAUGAAUCGCGCGAAAUCGGCAUUCGAAAACAUUUAG